AUGCUCUCUUGUAGUCGUCAUCAAAUACCUUCACGUCCAGUUUCGAAUCUAACAAAUCCAACUGUUUCAUCUUAUCCUUCCAAUCAAAUCGGUUCAACAUCUAUGGGAAUUCAGCCAUCAACACAACAGCCUUAUAUUCGUUCGUUGCCUUCACCAGCUCCAAUUACAACUACUAGUAAUGGUCGUAUUCAACCAUUGUCAACGUUUACUCCAACCAUACCUUUACCUCCACCUCCAGCUAUUUCUGCAUUACAUCAUCCUCAUCCUUCUUCACAAACACUAACGCAGCAACAUCACCAACUACCUUCUUCUUCUACUAUUCAUGACAAUAAUAUUCCUUUACAUCGACGUCUUAACAAUCCACUGAGUGAUCAAUCUUCAUCAUAUCAACAAGUUCCAGCAUCAACAACAAGUACAGGAAAUCCAGCAUUAUUAUCACAGCAACAACCAUUAUUAUUAUCAUCAUCCAUCAAUCCUAUGUUGAAUAUUCCCAUUCAAAAUGAUAUUUUAUCUUCUAGUAUAACACCACUUCAAACAGCAAAUAGUACAUUUACAUCACGUUCAGAUAAUUGUCCAGAAUGUCGAGCUAUAACACGUCUUCUUCAAUGGGCACCAUUGAAAUGUUAUGAUGCAGCAGGAAUACGUCGUGGUGUGUUUUUGGCUGGUCCAAAAAGUGAACAAUUACUUAAAGCACUUUAUUCAUCUAUAAAAGAUUCAUCUUUAUCAUUAGAUGAUAUUGAAAAUUGUUUAUGUGAUGAUGAAUAA